CACUUACAGUUCACCAUCCAUCUCAGUCGUUGCUCGCACGUAGUACACGAUUUCCUCUCUCACAUACACAGAGAACGAGAGAGAGAGAGAGUAAAACAUUGAAUCGAAACGCCUGAACAUUGUCAUCGUUGACCGAGUGCGAACAGUUUUUUAGAUGGCGAUCAUUGAGUACUGUCAAUUCUAGUUUGUCUUCGCUGAGUUUAUAACUAAGAUAGCUUAACUGCUAUUACUUGCUACCGCUGCUGUGCUGUGCUGUGUAUAUAUCUCUAGUUUCUUUAUAAAUUGGUGUGUGAUAGUACGCGCGAUUCAAACAGAAAAAGGCAAAAAAGCAAGAAAAAAAUUAAAAAAGAUAAAUCUCAAACAGAAAAAAAAAAUUGAUCAAAAUUUGUUGUUUCUGUACUAAGCAAGAGGAAAAGAAAGAGAAAAACAAAACGACGACGUUUGGUUUUUGGUUCCUUCGGAUUUCAAACAAAUCGAAGUCCCGUGUUCGAAGCGCGUCGAAUACCACACGGGAAUCCAAAAAUAUUGCGUACAUUUUGGAGAAUCUAUGGAACAAACGAAGAACAACCAACAAUUGAGACAAUUUUAGCAGAAACAAAGGCGAUCGGAUCAAAACGAAUACACAUUUUUGUUUUCUCUUCCACUCUCAAAUACACACACAUACUCUCUAUCUCGAACAAAAAUCGAAACAACAACGAAAUUUAAACAAUUCGAACCAAUUUCGAAAACCCUUACACCGGCAUUUGUGGAAAAUCGAAGACUUGUCUUCUACUCGAAAAUACUCAGUGGAGAAAAUCUCAGAAGAAACCAGGCGAAGUAAACAAAUUGAACACAGCUAACUCAUCUAUUCAAAAUCCCAAAAAAAAAAUCGGCUUAAUUUUUAUUUAAGAGAGCGAGUCAGAUAGAAAAAAAAUCAUACAAAAUGGCAUUCGCUGGUCUAAAGAAACAAAUAAACAAAGCCAAUCAGUAUGUUACCGAAAAAAUGGGUGGCGCCGAGGGCACUAAACUAGAUUUAGACUUUAUGGAUAUGGAGAGGAAAACCGAUGUAACAAAUGAAUUGGUUGAGGAGAUACAAAUUAAAACCAAAGAGUUCCUUCAGCCGAAUCCAACCGCACGAGCUAAAAUGGCGGCCGUCAAAGGAAUAUCAAAAUUGUCUGGCCAAGCGAAAAGUAAUACUUAUCCACAACCAGAAGGUUUACUCUCCGAUUGCAUGCUCAUGUAUGGCAAAAAGCUGGGCGAUAAUAGUAUUUUUGCGGAAGCUUUAAUCGAAAUGGGCGAGUCAUUGCGACAAAUGGCUGAUGUAAAAUACUCACUUGAUGACAAUAUCAAACAAAAUUUCCUCGAGCCAUUGCAUCAUUUACAAACGAAAGAUCUGAAGGAAGUUAUGCAUCACCGUAAAAAAUUGCAAGGACGACGUUUGGACUAUGAUUGCAAACGACGUAGACAGGCAAAAGGAUCUCAUAUUACAGACGAUGAAAUACGCGGAGCUGAGGAUAAAUUCGCCGAGUCAUUACAUUUAGCCCAAUUGGGAAUGUACAACUUGCUGGAAAAUGAUGUCGAACAAGUAUCGCAGCUGUACACGUUUUCUGAAGGAUUGCUGGACUAUCAUCAGCAGUGUGCUGAUAUUUUGAAAGGACUCGUGGAAACACUUUCACAAAAGCGUGAUGAAGCUGCAAGCCGUCCAAAGGGCGAAUUCGUACCAAAAACACUGGCCGAAUUGAACAUUGAGGGCGUCAGCGUCGGUGGUUCCGAUAUGCUAGGAAGCGGUGGGCGUUAUUUCCAAUCCAAUUCACACAAAUCGAAUCAUCAAAAUAGCAAUACCAAAUUCAACAACAAUCACAAAAAUCACGAAAGCAGUAAUAAAAACAAUCUAUUCAAUAACAAAACCAAUAAUAACAACAACAACAACAACAACAAUCACAAUCACAACAGUCAAUACAGUUUGUUCAGCUCACAGCAGAAUUUGGCCAAAACAAAUAUCAUUCAUAGCAGUAAUUUUGCGAGAAGUCGAACGUAUGGUUCGCAACAAAGCCUAUCGACUGCUUCAAAUCAUUCAUCGUCGUCGUCGUCGCACCAUCGCACAAACAAUAAUAACGAUUUAUUAUUGAAUUUUAAUAGUACAACAACAACAACCAGUACCGGUGCAAUGCAAAAUACCACCAACCAUACAAAUUCAAACAGUAGUAGCAAUCAUUAUCAUAAUCAUGCAAACAAUUUGUUAUUGAAUGAUAUGAGUGCGAUACCAACGGAUGUAUGGUUAAAUGCAUGGAAUUCACCGCCGCCGGUGACACGAGCACCAAAUCCAGUCUUUUCAUCGAUAAAUGUGUCAAAUAUGGCAGCACCUGUCGCUCGAUCAAAUCACAUCACCACCAAUACAAAUACAUCGAAUACAAAUCAUUUUAGUAAUUUUAAUAGUCAAAAUGGUCUCAUCAACGAUCCCUGGACAGCAUCACCUUUGCCAUCACCAAUGCGAUCACCGGCAAAGAGUCCAAUGCCACAACAACGUCCAUCUGUACCAUGCUGCACUGCACUCUACGAUUUCGAUCCGCAAAAUCCCAAUGAAUUGGGAUUCAAAGAAAAUGAUACAAUCCAGUUGUUGCAGCGCGUCGAUGAGAAUUGGUAUGAAGGAAGCGUAAACGGUCGAACUGGUUACUUCCCUCAAACAUAUGUUGAAAUAGUUACCCCGUUGCCAUAAACAGUUUAAACGUCACUAUUUGUUUAGAACAGCACUAUUUAAACAAACAAACAAAAAAUUAAAUUUUUUUCUUCGGUUUUGCGCUUCGUUUUAUUUAAAAAAGAAAACCAAACAAGGAGAUAUAAAAAGGAAGAAAAAUGAGAGAAGAAAAAAAAUGAUACAUAGCCAUGAAUGAAAUUAAGGUUUUAGCAAAAAAAAAGCACGCAAAUGUAGGUGAAAAGAAAACUAAGCAUGAAAAGAUCAACAUAAAAUCGAGAUGCAAAUAUAUACACAUACACACCUUAAUCUACCACACUAAUACAAAUGAGAGUAUGUUAUAAAGGAAAUGAAUACCAAAACAAAAACAUUAAAAAAAGUCAAAAGAAUCAUUUUUUUGUGAACAUAAUUGAAUGAAUUACGAUGUGCAUUUCAAUAAUCCACAUAAUAGUUCAUUGAAAAUGUCGAGAAAAAAAAUUCUUGAAUAAAAAAUGAAUGCGAUUUCACCUCUUCAGUUAAAUUGAUUUUCAUGGCAAAAUUGUCGCAUAUUAAUACGACAAACAAAAAAUUGAAGAAAAAAAUAUUAAAGGAAAGGUUGAAGACACGAUUGGUUGAAAGAGCAGCAAAUGUUUGCAUGAUGUGCCUAUGCACCCUUCACUUCCACAUUAUUAGCAUUCGAAAAAAAAACCAAAACUAAAAACAACAACAAUAAAAACCAAUAGACACGAGGAGAUUUGCUGUUGCUGACAACACACACACACACACACCCCUACGUCAACUGCUUUCGUGCGGCAAAAAUGAGAAAAUUGUUUGUGUCAAGCAUGAGAUAUGUAAAUGGCGAUAUCGCAUAUGCUGCAGCUGUACGAUUAAAUGUAUAAAGAGAGAGUAAAUUAUUUCGGAAUAGCACGAUCAAUUGAAUGUACAAGAAGAGCUGGAAAAAAAUCUAUUUGAACAAAUCAUCAGAAUGAAAAAAGAAAACCCGUGUUGAUAUUUCAUGUGUAUUUUUUUUCCCCUGUUUUCUUAUCGAUUUUAAACUGUACAUAUUUUUAUUACUUUAAUUAUUUUAGAUUAUAAUCAAAAUAUACUGAUAUUUUAUACAUUUUUUUUUA